AUGCGCAUCCUGCACCUCGCGCAGGACCCGCUCCGACACGGCUGGAAGCAAGGAUCGGCGGCCGUGGCCGCACUGGCCCUACUGGGAGUUCUAAUCCUGGCGCUUUCGGCCGCACUGGCGAGGGCAGCCGAACAGCCUGCAGCCGUCGUCGUCGAGAGAGGCGACUUUCCAACCGUGCUGGCGCUGGCCGGCCAGAAACAAUCGUCCCAGCAGCAACAGCAGCCCGCACGGUGCGCCCUCUCCGAGCACGCCUGCACCAACGGGCGCUGCGUUCCGUGGGACAAAUACUGCAAUAACGUUAAUGACUGUGGCGACGGCAGCGACGAACCGCGCUUCUGCACACGAUGCAACCGCACGUACUAUGGAACCAUCGGGCUGACGUACAAUCUGGAGCUGCACCGUCCGAAGGAGGACCGCAUACCGUACGUGUGCAUCCUGACGUUCACGGCCGCCGGCGGUGGCUACGGUGACAUCGUGCAGGUUACACUGGACAGCUUCACGCUGGGCCGGUUCGUGUCGUACACCGAGAAUGGCUGCCCGGACGGCUUCCUGCAGGUGUCGGAGGCGAAGCGGGCCAACGUCGGCGGGAUGUGGUGCGGGACCACCUGGGGUCCGGCGAUCUUCUACAGCGACACCAACUCGCUCGUCAUGACGAUAAAACUCUUCAAGCUGUCGCGUGACCAGAGCGGCUAUAACUUCGACUUCCGGAUACAGUACAAAAUGUUGUCCCGGGCCAGUGCGGUCGUGCGGUACGGGGGCGCCCGGCACGAGUACGUCCCACCGUGGACGAACGUCACGUACAUCCCGAACUACCCGCUGAUAGAGGACUUCACCAACUCGACCGCGCACUCCGAGCACCAGACGUACUCGGAGAGCGGCGGCGGCGGCACCUUCGGUGGCCAGCGCAACCGAAUGGUGUCCUUCGAUCCCACGUCCGGGUCGUUCUACCCGGCGACCUACGACAACAACCUGACCCGACACGCCGCGACCGACUUUCAGCGGGCAGGCGCCAACCCUUCGUACGGCACGCUGCCCUACGGUACCCUGCCCGGCGAUCGCACCUGGAACGGUCCGAAGGUGGCACUGAACGCGUCCAACGAUUGGCUCCCGCUAGGUCCACCCGGUGGGGCCGCACGUACACCGCUAAAUUACACCGAACCGCAGUAUUAUCUAGGCGACCUCAUGCAGGGGACGUUCUGCUCGCGCAUUUUCACCAACUGCGACAAGAAGGUGUGCCGGUUGCAGUCGCCCAACUUUCCUGGCAUCUACCCAAGAAACCUGACGUGCUACUUCGCCGUUAGACAGCAUGAUGUUCCGCCAGGUAAGCAUGCCUUCAUCGUGAUCAGCCAACCGAAGGGCAACCUCAUCUGGAUAUCGACCGAGGCGUCCGCCGGCGCAGCAUCGACCGCCCGGGACGAGAAGGAAAAGUACAGGCCCCGGCUGCAGACCUGGAACGAGUGCGACAGCGUGCAGGACAGCUCGAAUCCGAAGUGGAAAUCAACGGACUACAUUACCGUGUACGAUGGCUACACGACACGCGAUCCGAUCAUCCUGAAGAUCUGUGGUGGCGGUCAGGCCAUCCCGCAAGCGAUUUCCAGUGGCCCGGAGCUGCUGGUCGAGUUUACCACCUCACCGUACGGUACCUUCAACACACCGCAAACCAGUGGCCAUGCACUGCACGGCUUUCAGCUCGAGGUCUCGGUCCGGUUCGUGGACGUCCAAACGCCAACCUACGCCAAAAGCAAGCGAAUCUGCGAGUUCUGGCUCCGCGGUACCGGGCACGGUGUGCUGCAGAAUCCGCUGCACUCGCUAGCACCCAACACCACCUGUUUGUACCACCUCCAGGGAACGGAAGCACGGGCACUGGAUGCCAUCAACAUUCCACGUCGAUCGGGGGCACUAUCGACCUCCCCGACCCGGUUCAAGGUGUGGCUCUCGGUGAUGAAGUUUGAGCUGGCGCCCGAGUUUGGGGCCACUGACGAGCAGCUGUUGCAAUACCAAUCGAAGGAGGACUGCAGCGGUAUGCUGCGUAUCUGGGAUGGGCCCCUGCGAGAAGUGCCCAUCUGCAAGGACAUCGAUUGCCUAAUGACCGACAAGGAUGGGACUCAGCGGAGUAGCAUCCGUUUCGGGGCGAACAGCACGAACAUCAUCGCCCGGUACUGUCGCGGAUCGGUGCCACGAUCGUGUGACCACGGUAUCCUGAACGUUAGCAGCUCGCGGCCUUGCACGCUGUCGGAAAGUUUCGUCUCCAGCAGUGACUUUGUGACGCUCGAGUUGAAAACUUCCGACUCGACGGUGCUGCGGCCACUACAGUUUGCGCUCCGGUACGAGUUCGUGGAUCUGCUCCAGGACGGGACGGCCAUUGCUGGGGAGAGUGAGUGCAGCCGGCGGUUUGCCAGCAGUCAGAUGGAACGGAAAGGCCCCCAUCCGGUGCGGAGCGUACGGAACAUCUUCCUGUUCGGUCGCGGUGGCGCCCGCCAUCUGCAUUGCGUUUACCGGUUCGAGGCACAGCGUGGCGAACGUGUGCGGCUCGAGAUUGGCCGAGCGAUGACCGGAAAUCGGACGUGCGAUUCGCGGGUUGAUCCGGAUACGGGACGCUCGUACUGCUUCGGUGAUAGCACCGCACGGGUCGAAAUCUUUGAGCGUCCGUGGCACGAAUCGAUCCUGUUUCCCCGUGGCUGCGUCUGCAACUCGACCAACCACUCGUACCUGCCGAUCGUGUUCACCUCGACCGGGCGCGAGGUGGAGAUACACUUCAGUGCGGGCAACAUGACCAACGACGACGAUCCGGACUCGCUCAACUUCGAGGCAUCGUACGAGUUCAUCAAGGGACCGAUGAUGUGCAAGGACGUGAGGCGCAAGAACGCCAUCACCGGUGUGGUGAACCUGUCCUCCGGGGAUAUCGAGUGUCGCAAUCGACCGUGGCUUAUCGAGCCCUCGUACGAUCGGUAUCUGUACAUCCGGCUCCGGGGACUGUUUCUGCGCAAGUUCAAUCCGGGAGCCCCGUUGACGUACAACGCCAGCUUCAGUGCCGUCACGCCGAUCCGGUGCUACACCAAGGCACGGGUUAUCAUCACGAACGGUGAGGGCAUCUCGGUGACCGCUUGUCCGCUGCCGGACGAAUCGAAGCAUCAGCACGUGGUGGAGGUGUUCAGUGCCGGUUGGGGUCGUAAGCACCCGUUCUUUGGGCCGGAAACGUCACGCGUCGUAUCGGUGGAGUUUCUCAACCCGGAGGAUGGUCAGUACGCUUUUAGUUGGCUCGAGCUAACCAAACGACCCACGGCUAGUUACGCUCUGGUGCAGGAAGAAUGUCCGUACAUCUGUCCGGAUCUGAACGCUUGUGUGAACGCUUCGAUCUGGUGCGAUGGCAUCGAACAGUGUCCGUCGGGAGAGGAUGAAGCGUUCACGCACUGUUCGGCGCUCCUACGGCUUCCGGCCGAAGUGUUGGCCGGAUUGAGCGUCCUGCUGCUGGUGCUCUGCCUCGGACUUUUUGGGUAUCUCUACAGAAAAAUCAAACGCAACUGUCGCCGAACGAGCGUGCUGCAGACGCGCCUCAAAUCGCUCAGCUCGAUGGACACGGCCGUGUUCGAGGACAAGGAGGUGAUUUGCUGA